CCCCACCCAACCGUCUGUCUUUGGCUGCUUGUCUUCAAUGCGCCCAACAUGCCUCUUGCCCAGCAGCACCGCUCAGGAACCAGGAAACUCCAGAGACUCAAAGAGACAUCCCGCACCCAGGUCCUGUCUUUUAUCUAUUUCCCAUUCUGCAUAAUGAUUCGAGAGCCUAAGGACCAUCCACAAGAUUUAACUAUGGCUAUCUUCAUUAUUUUGUCCCUGUGCAGUGUGCUGGUGACAGGCAUGGGUGAAGGUGGGAGUGAGAAAGGAGUGGGGAGGGAAUGUAAACCCAGCCAGCCCCCCCGCUGCCCCUCCGUGUCCCCCACUGCCCAGCCCCGGACACACCCCAGCCAGAACCAGCUGUUCGCAGACCUGAGCCUGGAGGAGCUGACAGCUGUCAUGAGCUUCCUGACCCAACAGCUAGGGCCAGGCCUGGUGGAUGCAGCCCAGGCCCGCCCCUCGGACAACUGCGUCUUCUCAGUGGAGCUGCACCUGCCCCCCAAGGCUGCAGCCCUGGCCCACCUGGACAAAGGGAGCCCCCCACCUUCCCGGGAGGCGCUGGCCAUCGUCUUCUUUGGCGGACAGCCCCAGCCCAACGUGAGUGAGCUGGUGGUGGGGCCACUGCCACACCCCACCCACCUGCAGGACGUGACGGUGAAGCGUCACGGGGGCCCCCUGCCCUAUCACCGCCGCCCCGUGCUGAUGCGAGAGUACCUGGACAUAGACCAGCUGAUCUUCGACAGAGAGCUGCCCCAGGCCGCUGGUCUUCUCCACCACUGCUGCUUCUACCAACGCCACGGACGGAACCUAGUGACGAUGAACACGGCCCCCCGAGGUUUGCGGUCAGGGGACCGGGCCACCUGGUUUGGCCUCUACUACAACAUCUCAGGGGCCGGCUUCUUCCUGCACCCUGUGGGCUUGGAGCUGCUGGUAGACCACAAGGCUCUGGACCCCGCCCACUGGACCAUCCAGAAGGUGUUCUUUCAAGGCCGCUACUAUGAGAGUUUGGCCCAGCUGGAGGACCAGUUUGAGGCCGGCCUGGUGAACGUGGUGCUGGUCCCAGACAACGGCACAGGUGGGUCCUGGUCCCUCAAGUCCCAGGGGCCUCCCGGUCCAGCUCCUCCUCUGCAGUUCCAUCCCCAGGGCCCCCGCUUCAGUGUCCAGGGGAGUCGAGUGACCUCCUCAUUGUGGACUUUCUCUGGCCUUGGAGCUUUCAGCGGCCCCAGGAUCUUUGACAUCCGCUUCCGGGGAGAACGACUAGCUUAUGAGAUCAGCCUCCAAGAGGCCUUGGCCGUUUAUGGUGGAAAUUCUCCUUCUGCCCUGCGAAGCCGGUACACAGAUGGUGGAUUUGGCUUGGGUCACUUCUCUUCAACUCUGACCCGUGGGGUGGACUGCCCCUACCUGGCCACCUAUGUGGACUGGCACUUCCUUCUGGAAUCCCACACCCCCAAGACAAUACAUGAUGCCAUUUGUGUGUUUGAACAGAACCAGGGCCUCCCCCUGAGGCGACACCACUCAGAUAUCCACUCCCACUAUUUUGGGGGCCUUGCAGAGACAGUGCUGGUUGUCAGAUCUGUGUCGACCAUGCUCAACUAUGACUACGUGUGGGAUAUGAUCUUCCACCCCAGUGGGGCCAUAGAAGUCCGCCUCCAUGCCACCGGCUACAUCAGCUCAACGUUCCUCUUUGGGACCGCCCGAAGGUACGGGAACCAGGUUGGGGAGCACGCGCUGGGCACCGUCCACACUCACAGCGCGCACUUCAAGGUGGAUCUGGAUGUAGGAGGACUGGAGAACUGGGUCUGGGCCGAGGACAUGACCUACAUCCCCACAGCGGUACCCUGGAGCCCCGAGCACCAGAUACAGAGUCUGCAGGUGACCCGGAAGCGGCUGGAGACCGAGGAGCAGGCCGCCUUCCCCCUGGGAGGCACCAUACCCCGCUACGUGUACCUGGCCAGCAACCACAGCAACAAGUGGGGUCACCCGCGGGGCUACCGCAUCCAGCCGCUCGGCCUUGCUGGGGAGCCGCUGCCCCAGAACAGCUCCUUGGAGAGAGCCUUCAGCUGGGGGAGGUACCAGCUGGCGGUGACCCGGCGGAAGGAGGCGGAGCCCAGCAGCACCAGUGUCUACAAUUUGAACGACCCUUGGACUCCCGCCGUGGACUUCACCGACUUCAUCAACAACGAGACCCUUGCAGGGCAGUAAUGUCUACACCCAACGU